AUGUGGCGCAACUUGGCGUAUGGGUCCCAGCAGGUGGCGGAUGCAGUGCCCACUGUGGUUCCGACCAAGUUAGUGAAGCAGACGGUGGUUUCUCAAGUGGACGCAUCUCUCGUGCCCAAGAAUGACGGUGCAAAAGUCUACAAGAUUUUGGAAUAUUUACGCAAAGUUCCCAUGCACAAGGCUGUGUCAGGGUCCGAUAUCUUCAGACACACGGGCGUCGACCUCACAAUGGAUGACCAGGUGGAGCAACGUCUUAAGAAUAAUCCUAAAGUUUGGGUCCAAGGAGAUCAAUACGCGUAUCGGGCGAAAUAUGACAUUAAAAAUCGGAUGCAGUUGAUCAAAAUUCUAGACCGAAUUCCCGAGGGGAUGCCGAUUGAGGACUUGAUCGAUUGUUACGUAGGCGUGGAGGAUGACUUGAAAGAGCUGACGCGGACGGGAGAGAUCAUUUGUCUGAAAAAUGCUGACAAGGGUGCAGAAGUGUACUACUCGCGCGGACCUACCUUUCUUGUGGAUCUUUCUGGAGUUUCUACAGUUGAAGCUGGCAGCUACUUGGCCCAUUCUAGUCAAGACAUUACUGAAGAAAUACGGCGUGGUGAUGCAUUUCGUGUUGGAGAUAAUUGGUUUCGCGUGUCAGCAGCGGUCAAGAGCUCAAGCACUACCCGUCCAGCCCCAUUUGCAGGCAUGACCACUAAAAGUGUUUCAUCCACGCGAGAUCCUAAUGUAUCGAAGAAGAUUAAGUACAUGUUCAAGUUUGACAAGGACCACCUUCCUUUAGAUGUCCCCUUUCCAGAUGCGAAGAGGCGGAAUGUAGCUAGCAGCGAUCGCUGGGAUCUUUUACCCAGGCGUGGUCCCAAAUUUCAAAUGGUGAAACAUGGUGCCACAAAUGACAUUCGCCAGUUGUGGCGUGAUACUUUACGAACAUGGCCGUCGGAUCGUGCUGAAUUUGAGAAGAAACUGGUCCAAGCUGGUCUGACAACGCAGGCUAAGGUUGAUGCAAACCGCCGUCAACUGAAGCGCCGCCUGAAGGAAGAUAAGAAGAAGAAUCGUCCUCGCAAGCAGCGUGAUAUCAAGAUUACAAACCAUCACCUCAUUGGCACAAAGCUUGGUGAAAUUUUGGCGAAGGGCAGCCAGGAUCAAUUUACACUUGGUGCUGUUAGGUUCGAGAAGUAA